CAAAGCUAUUGUCUAGGCCGCCAUGCAGAUCUUCGUCAAAACCCUUACGGGUAAGACUAUCACCCUCGAGGUGGAGUCUUCCGAUACCAUCGACAAUGUGAAGUCCAAGAUUCAAGAUAAGGAGGGCAUUCCCCCAGACCAGCAGCGUCUCAUCUUCGCUGGAAAGCAGCUCGAGGACGGUCGCACCCUCUCCGACUACAACAUCCAGAAGGAGUCGACUCUCCACCUGGUCCUUCGCCUCCGUGGUGGAGGUAAGAAGAGGAAGAAGAAGGUGUACACCACCCCCAAGAAGAUCAAGCACAAGAGGAAGAAGACCAAGCUGGCUGUCCUCAAGUACUACAAGGUCGACGGCGACGGCAAGAUCGAGCGCCUCAGGAGGGAGUGCCCCCAGGCUGAGUGCGGUGCCGGUGUCUUCAUGGCUGCCAUGCACAACCGCCAGUACUGCGGACGCUGCCACCUUACCUACGUCUUUGAUGAGUCCAAAUAAACGGAUCUGGGGAUGCGAUAUGAUGGAAAUGGUUACGACAGCAUGAACAACUAGGUGGACUCAAUGGGUUUAUCAGAUGUCGAUCAUCUAUAACAUCAAUCAAACUUGUCGCUGAACUCAAACAACUAUUGCCUUGUGCGUGAUCAUGAUAGAUAGUGCAUCCCAACAUUGAAUGUCUGCUCGUCACAAUCUUGGCCUGUCC